AUGCAGCUCUCUUCCACCCUGACCUGGGCUCUGCUGCUCGUUAGCGCUGAGGCCAAACAACGCUCUAGCUGCAGUAGCACAAAGACGGUCUGGGCGACCAUCACCGAGACCGAAAACUGCGCAUCACGCUGCCAGCAUCGACCGUCUGCUACCGCUUCCAUAUCUGGUCCACUUGAAUCGGCACCAGCUCAAUCCAGCGAGCCAACGUCACCUGGUUCGAGCGUCGGGUCUAUUUACACCAGCGAGGCCUGGUCGUCGAUAGCUCUGAGCUCGGAUGUGAAGCCCGAAUCCACGACUGAGGCGGAUACUACUUCUUCGACCACUCCUUUGCCUUCAGCUUCAUCUUCCCCUUCCACCACCAUCGCUGAGGGCUCUACCUCGAGCGACAUUCCCGCAUCGAGCGACGAUGCUCCCUCAACGUCUGCUUCCUCUACCGCCGAAUCACUUCCAGAGCCAACAGUUCGACCUCGAGCCUACCCCGCGGAUGUUGUUGAUCAACUUCGCGACUCCAGCAUCGAGAAGCUCGAGGCUCAUCUCGAGCGCAACCCCGUACCUGGAUGCACCCUGGAGACGGCUGCAAUCCGUCGCGAGUGGUCCGACCUAACCAUCUCCGAGCGACAGGACUACACCAGCGCCGUCCAAUGCCUCAUGAACAAGCCCGCCAAGACCCCAGCCAACGUGGCGUCUGGUGCAAAAAGUCGCUAUGAUGACUUUGUUGUGACGCACAUCCAGCAGACCGGCUCCAUCCACAAUACCGCCAACUUCCUUACCUGGCAUCGUUACUUCACCUGGGCAUACGAGACAGCCCUCCGUGACGAGUGCGGCUACAAGGGGUUCCAGCCUUACUGGAACUGGGAUCGCUACGCCGACGAUCCUGUGAAUUCACCACUUUUCAACGGCAACGCAUCCAGCAUCGGAGGCAACUCUGUGAAUGGGGACUGUGCCGAAACUGGCCCUUUCGAGAAAUUGACCGUCAACCUCGGACCGGGCUAUUCUCUCAACUACAACCCCCGAUGCCUGACGCGCCAUGUCAGCCGCAGCAGCGCCCAGCAAUGCACGGCCGACAAAACAUUUAACCUCAUCUCGCAGACUUCUACCAUUGCCAGCUUCCAGGAGACAAUGCAGACCCCCGGGGGUGUCCACGCGGGUGGCCACUUUACUAUCGGUGGUGACCCUGGAAGUGAUUUCUAUGUGUCCCCCGGUGAUCCCGCCUUCUUCCUUCACCAUGCCAUGGUCGACCGCGUCUACUGGCUCUGGCAGCUGCAGGACCUCGACACACGCCUGUCGGCUGUCGCAGGAAGGGUCAUCGGCAGCAGGAGUCAGGGCUCUCUCGACGAUGACGUGAACUUGGGCUAUUCGGGACCCGGCGUGACUCUCGGCUCCUUGCUCGACACAAUGGGUGGCAAAGACGGUGCUUUCUGCUAUUUUUACAUGUAG